AUGAGCGGCAGGCUGGAGGCCAGCAUGUGGCCGUGUUACCUGGCGGUCUGCAGCAGCAGCACAGUGUUCUCCCCCUCGUACGUGCACGCGGCGGACACUAGCCCGUACAUGAGCGGCAGGCUGGAGGCCAGCAUGUGGCCGUGUUACCUGGCGGUCUGCAGCAGCAGCACAGUGUUCUCCCCCUCGUACGUGCACGCGGCGGACACUAGCCCGUACAUGAGCGGCAGGCUGGAGGCCAGCAUGUGGCCGUGUUACCUGGCGGUCUGCAGCAGCAGCACAGUGUUCUCCCCCUCGUACGUGCACGCGGCGGACACUAGCCCGUACAUGAGCGGCAGGCUGGAGGCCAGCAUGUGGCCGUGUUACCUGGCGGUCUGCAGCAGCAGCACAGUGUUCUCCCCCUCGUACGUGCACGCGGCGGACACUAGCCCGUACAUGAGCGGCAGGCUGGAGGCCAGCAUGUGGCCGUGUAGCCCGUACAUGAGCGGCAGGCUGGAGGCCAGCAUGUGGCCGUGUUACCUGGCGGUCUGCAGCAGCAGCACAGUGUUCUCCCCCUCGUACGUGCACGCGGCGGACACUAGCCCGUACAUGAGCGGCAGGCUGGAGGCCAGCAUGUGGCCGUGUUACCUGGCGGUCUGCAGCAGCAGCACAGUGUUCUCCCCCUCGUACGUGCACGCGGCGGACACUAGCCCGUACAUGAGCGGCAGGCUGGAGGCCAGCAUGUGGCCGUGUUACCUGGCGGUCUGCAGCAGCAGCACAGUGUUCUCCCCCUCGUACGUGCACGCGGCGGACACUAGCCCGUACAUGAGCGGCAGGCUGGAGGCCAGCAUGUGGCCGUGUUACCUGGCGGUCUGCAGCAGCAGCACAGUGUUCUCCCCCUCGUACGUGCACGCGGCGGACACUAGCCCGUACAUGAGCGGCAGGCUGGAGGCCAGCAUGUACCCGUGGCCGCCGCACGCGAGCCUGCAGCGCUCCACACACUCGGCCGCGUCCGCUGUCACGACAGCUUUCAAGCAACACGACAACGCGUGA